AAGACUCUCUUGGCCCAGACUCUAGCCCUGUGUUUGGACGUUCCAUUUGCAAUCUGUGACUGCACCACUCUUACCCAAGCAGGUUACGUGGGUGAGGACAUUGAGUCUGUGAUAGGCAAGCUCCUUCAAAAUGCCAACUAUAACGUGGAGCGCGCUCAACAGGGCAUUGUCUUUCUCGAUGAGGUCGACAAAAUCGCCAGUCGAAGUGGUCUGCUCCACACUAUUCGUGAUGUUGGUGGGGAAGGUGUUCAACAGGGUAUGCUGAAAAUGCUCGAAGGGUCAGUGGUCAGUGUGCCAGAAGGCAAGGGUUCUCGUAAAGGCAGAAAUGAUUCCACACUUGUUGACACCACCAAUAUUUUGUUCAUUGCUUCCGGUGCAUUUACAGGCCUCGAUAAAAUCGUCGCUCGACGUAAACGCAAACAGAGAAUUGGCUUUGGAGAGACGGAAGAGACCUCGGAAUUCUCCUCACCAACCUUCUCUUCAGUUCAGAGCCCUUCAAGCGACCAUGUGGAUCUCGAUCUUCUGGAAUCCGAUCGACUUCUCUCCCAAGUUGAAGCUCGUGACCUGGUGGAAUUCGGCAUAAUUCCCGAAUUUGUGGGUCGUUUUCCUAUUAUCACUGCCUUCCAUUCUCUCAGCGAGGAGAUGCUAACUCGAAUCCUCACUGAGCCACGCAACGCUCUUCUUACGCAAUAUAAACUGUUAUUUAAUAUUGACAAGUGCACCUUAACAGUAACAGGGGAUGCGCUACGAGCCAUAGCGCGCAGAGCCAUGGUGACAAAAACCGGAGCUCGUGGCCUUCGUGCCAUCAUGGAGAGCGUUCUACUGCAACCGAGAUACGAUGUUCCAGGUGCAGGAAUUGUCGAGGUGAUUAUCGAUGAGGACGUUAUAAUGGGUCGAGCAGGACCGAGAUACAUUCACGCAGAAGAUGUGGACAGGGAGAUUGAAAGAAUGGAGAGAGGCAGUGGGAUGGGAGAAAAGAGGUCGGGCCACUCGGUUGCGUCGUUCAGGGUAUGA